AUGUUCCUUAACCCUGGCAUUCCUUCUAAAGAAAUGGAUCAAUAUCAUGGAAAGCGACUUCCUCGUUGCAUUCAUUGUAAACAAUAUAAACCAUAUAGAACACAUCAUUGCUCAUCUUGCAAAUGUUGUUAUGCAAAGCUUGAUCAUCACUGUAAUGCAUUAGGAAGAUGUAUUGCACUCAGAAAUCACAAGCCAUUCUUAGUUUUCCUGAUUCACAGCGUAUCAAUGCUUGUAAUUUGGUUCUUAACUGUUUGUUAUAUGCUAUUAGCCAUUAAGUAUGAUGAUUCACCUCGUUUUCUCCAUUUUCAUUUCUAUGCAUCAAUUUCAUUAACAAUUUUGAUAACAUUUUUGUUGUAUGAGCAGAUUAGUAAUGUUCUCACAGGUAAGACAACUCUAGAAAUUAUUUAUAAUAUUCCUAUCGAAAUUAAAAAGACAAAGCUUGAGUGCUUUGAAGAAGUUAUGGGCCCAUUCAAUAUUGGGUGGUUGAUUCCAACUGAAACCCCUUCUUCAACAUCAGCUUUUCAAUGGGAAGAUCUUCGUCCUCCAUCAGAACAAAUUCCGCAGCCAACUGCUGAUGAAAAGAAUGCAGAAUCGGCUACCAACUCAACUUCUGAAGGAAACAGUAAAACUGAAGGAAAAAUAGAGCGCAAAUAA